AUGGAAGAAAAGAAGAGAGAUUCGUUUAGCAGAGAAACCGAAGGUCUUAGUUCUUAUGAACAACUCACUGCUCCUCUCUGCUCAGAAAUCUCCAAUGGAACCAUUUGUUGUGACAGAACCGGUUUGAGAUCAGACGUCUGUGUAAUGAAAGGCGAUAUUCGAACAAACUCUGCUUCUUCAUCACUCUUCCUCUUUACCUCCACCAAGAACAACAACAAUACAAAACCCGAAAAGAUCAAACCUUACACUAGAAAAUGGGAGACUAGUGUUAUGGACACUGUUCAAGAACUCAACCUCAUUACCAAAGAUUCAAACAAAUCUUCGGAUCGUGUCUGCGAUGUGUACCACGAUGUUCCUGCAGUGUUCUUCUCUACAGGUGGAUACACUGGAAACGUUUAUCACGAGUUUAACGAUGGGCUUAUCCCUUUGUUUAUAACUUCACAACGUUUCAACAAAAAGGUUGUGUUUGUGAUUGUUGAGUAUCAUGAUUGGUGGGAGAUGAAAUACGGUAAUAUCGUUUCGCAGCUCUCGGAUUAUCCGCUUGUCGAUUUCAGUGGCGAUUCAAGAACGCAUUGUUUCAAGGAAGCAACUGUUGGAUUGCGUAUUCACGAUGAGUUAACGGUGAAUUCUACACUGAUGAUUAAUGGUAAUGAGACCAUUGUUGAUUUCAGAAACGUUUUGGACCGAGCUUAUGCACCUCGUAUACAAAGCUUGGUUCAGGAGGAGGCGAAUGAGACAACAACAGUUGAUUUCAAGAAACCGAAACUGGUGAUUCUGUCAAGAAACGGGUCGAGGGCGAUACUAAAUGAGGAUCUUCUUGUCAAGCUAGCGGAAGAAACCGGGUUCAAUGUCGAGGUUCUAAGACCGGACAAAAGAACAGAGAUGGCUAAGAUUUAUCGGUCGAUGAACACGAGCGAUGUAAUGAUCGGUGUACAUGGAGCUGCAAUGACUCAUUUCCUUUUCUUGAAACCGAAAACCGUUUUCAUACAGAUAGUUCCGUUAGGGACCGAUUGGGCGGCAGAGACAUACUAUGGAGAACCGGCAAAGAAGCUAGGAUUGAAGUAUAUUGGAUACAAGAUUACGCCGAAAGAGAGCUCGUUAUACGAUGAAUAUGGUAAAGAUGAUCCUAUAAUCCGAGAUCCGGAUAGUCUCAACGAUAAAGGAUGGGAAUAUACGAAGAAAAUCUAUCUACAAGGACAGAACGUGAAGCUAGACUUGAGAAGAUUCAGAGAAACUUUAACUCGUUCCUAUGAUUUCUCAAUUAGAAGGAGAUUUAGAGAGGAAGUUCCUCGUUUGCUUGUUACAUAG